UAGACUCUCUCUCUCUCUCUCUCUCUCUAUAUCUAUUUUAAUGGUUUUCCUUGAGACUUGAGAGUCCAAGCUGGUGCUCUAUUAUAUCUGCACCGGCUAUUUGUCCUCGUCUCAUCAAACAUUGCCAGAUACUGUGCUGCGUCUUCUUCCUCUUCCAUCUUUUCAGCUUCUCUUAUUGUGGAAGCCUCCUUCCUGUUUUAAGCUUAACUCAAAAAGAAAAAAAUUGGGCUUUUGAUAUAUAUAUAUAUAUAUAUAGAGUGAGAGACAGACAGACAGAGAGGGGGGAGAGUAACUAGUCCUGUAGCUGAGGAGCUUUAGUGUGGAAGAAGAAGAUGAGUGCUUCAAAGUUCAUCAAAUGUGUCACAGUUGGCGAUGGAGCUGUUGGCAAGACCUGCAUGCUCAUUUGCUACACUAGCAACAAGUUUCCCACUGAUUACAUUCCAACAGUAUUUGACAAUUUCAGUGCUAAUGUGGCUGUCGAUGGUAGUAUUGUGAACUUGGGAUUAUGGGACACUGCGGGUCAGGAAGAUUACAGCAGGCUGAGGCCUCUGAGCUAUAGAGGUGCUGAUAUAUUUGUUUUAGCCUUCUCUUUAAUCAGCAGAGCCAGCUAUGAAAAUGUCCUCAAGAAGUGGAUGCCAGAACUUCGGCGGUUUGCACCCAAUGUUCCAAUUGUUCUUGUUGGAACAAAGUUAGAUCUCCGCGAAGACAGAGGGUAUCUGGCUGAUCAUAUGGGAUCUAAUAUUAUAACAUCUGUACAAGGGGAGGAACUGAGGAAACAAAUUGGUGCAGCAGCUUAUAUAGAAUGCAGCUCCAAGACUCAACAGAAUGUGAAAGCUGUUUUUGAUACUGCAAUCAAGGUUGUGCUUCAACCACCCAGGAGGAAGGAAGUAGCAAGGAAGAAAAGGCGAAGAAGCUCUGGCUGCUCGAUUAUGCGGGGUAUGGUUUGUGGGGGCUGCGUCGCUUAGGACUCAUUCGAGCCAUGGGCAGCAGCCAGAAUGAUUCGCCCUUGAUGUUGAAAUGUUGGUUUUUUUUUGCUUCUUUUGCUGUCUAAAGAUGCCGGAUGCCCGAUAUAUAGCCAGUUGUGUAUCUUAGAUGCUGCUGUGACAUUGUGUGGUUAGUAGAAGGAAAUGGUUGUGUUAGGCUGCAAACUGAGCAGAAGGCAAGCAGAGGGAAUUGUUCAUUCUCUCAUGCAGUGUGGAUGACAUAUGUCUUAGAAUGUUCACCUGUUUUGGUAUAUGUUAACAUAAUAGAUUAUUACUAAA